AUUGAAACGCUACCCAAGAGCGAAUGGACUUUUUGAAGAAAUAAGACAGGGCAACAUUGAUCGUGAGUGCAAGGAAGAAAUCUGCACAUUUGAAGAAGCAAGAGAAGCUUUUGAAAACACGGAGAAAACCCUGGGGAAUCUCCGAGGCCACCACCGCCUUCGGCCCCGCCGCUGCCCGCCGCGCAGCCCUCGCUUCCGCACCGCCUUUGCCUUCGCCCUGGUGCCCGGGCCCCCAGCCAUGGCCACCCCGCAGCUCUCCCAAGUGCGCCAGAACUACCACCCCGACUGCGAGGCCGCCGUCAACAGCCAGAUCAGCCUGGAGCUCUACGCCUCCUACGUGUACCUGUCCAUGGCCUUCUACUUCGACCGCGACGACGUGGCCUUGAAGCACUUCGCCCGCUUCUUCCUGCGCCAGUCCCGCGAGGAGACCCAGCGUGCCGAGAAGCUCAUGGAGCUGCAGAACCAGCGCGGGGGCCACAUCCGCCUCCGCGACAUCAAGAAGCCGGACCGCGACGACUGGGAGGGCGGCCUGAAGGCCAUGGAGUGCGCCCUGCACCUGGAGAAGAGCGUGAACCAGAGCCUGCUCGACCUGCACCAGCUGGCCACCGACAAGAACGACGCCCAGCUCUGCGACUUCCUGGAGAGCCACUACCUGCACGAACAAGUCGAGGCCAUCAAAGAGUUGGGGGGCUAUGUCACCAACCUGAGCAAGACGUGGGCUCCGGAAGCCGGCCUGGCAGAGUACCUGUUUGACAAGCUCACCCUGGGCGACAGCGACAAAAAGAACUGAGUUGGGACUGUUUCCCCGUAGCCCCGGGGCCCAUGGUGACUUUCCCUGAUCACCAUGCCGAGCAUGCGUAUUGCAGUAUUGCUUCUGCAAAAGGUUCCAGUUCUUUUCUUCCAGUUUUUCCAAGAAUAAGUUAAUUUGGCUUAAAUAAAGUUAUUUGGUUCUUAAAUAAAGGUCUCUGGUUGAUUUGUAUGCAUAUCUCUCACCUUUUAAGUUUUAAAACGUAUUCUGGAAUCUCU